UGAGAUGUCAAUCACUGGCUCUCAUUUUGGAAGGGAUUCACUCUGCCAUCGCAGAUACACCAACAGCUUCGCACUGGGAAGCGGCCGUUCAGCUGCUCCGGGUGUGUGAAGAGACUCAUUCAGUUAACCCACCUUGUGAUGUUCCAGUGAGUUCAGUGUGAGCAAAGAGAUUUUUUCAACGCACGCUGACUCUGCCAACGCUGUUGUUGCUGUACAUUCAGCCCUGCGGGAGGGGAUGUGGUGUCUGGGUCUGUGUGUCUGCUGGUAGGACACUGGUACAGAAUACAAUGGACAUAUUGACUGUGUAUUUCAGUGUAACAGUUGUAUUAUAAAUGUGCAUCUGGAUCUUGGGCUCAUUGUGGGACUUGAAUGUCUCUGCAGUCAUUUUCACUCAUUUCAAAGGACUGCGCUUCAGACAGCUGUGUUGUUGCAAUGCCCUCUAAAGUCUGACAGCAGACUAGCGAGUGAAUCCUCGAUGGAGCAGAGUCAGAAACCAAAGAGUUGCCAGCCUGAUCAGGGCUCUAGGGCUGCAGAAAGCGAUGGGACCUAGAGUCUACAAAGAGGAGGAAGAAGAGGAAUCAGACUAGCAGGAUGUGGCUAAAGCUGAAAGACCAGAAACGUUUGGAAAUUGGUUGAUCGAAAAUAAAAGGUGGUUAAUUUCUGCAAAAUAUUGGUGGAAAUCAACAGAUCAGGCAGCAAAUGUGAAGAGGAAUAAAUUGACAACGUUUAGGCCGAGCCCCUUCAGCAUGUCCAGACUGCCGCUUAGUUGCUGCCUGAACUGCAGAGUCCCUCCAGCAUUUUGUGCGGAUGUGUCUACAUUUCCAGCAACUGCAGAAUAUCUUGUGUUUUAUAUCUGCGUUUGUAAGAAGGUUCUACUUUGGCAUUAGACACGCGGGAAGUUUACUGACGUUAAGUGUAUUGUUUUAUGGGAGCUGCUUUCUGCGUUGAAAGAGCUGCUGAGUUUUCACAUGGAACCGGUGCUCGCAGAAACGUUCAAUGGCACCGUGAUUACCCAGAAAGCUCUGGGGCACAAUUUUCGCCAUCGCUGAAGCACCGAUCGAAUGCGCAGGCGUCAGGGUUCGGCCGGUCCCGAACAUCGCGCAUGCGCAGCACGCAGACGGCCUGGGGGAGUCGGUUCCAGGUUAAAAAUGACAAGGAAUUUGUCUAUGGGAAUCUCGAACACAACUCACCAGAUUUGCUGUCUCUGUCCAGAUAUUUACGGAGUGGAGCAAGGGAUUCACUCGAUCAUCCUUCCUGCUCAGACUGUGGGGAGGGAUUCACUCGAUCACCUGACCAACUGGCACGUCCAUAAUUUUACAUGGGGGCAACCUGUUCAUCUGUUCAGACAGUGGGAAUGGAUUUAGUCGGUCAUUUCAACUGAAGGUACAUCAGCAAGUUCACACUUGGACAAGGCCAUUCACCCUUUCUGUGUGUGAGAAGGGAUUCAGCUGGUCUUCCCACCUGUGGACACACCAGUCAGUUCACACUGGACAGAGGCUGGUCAUCUGCUGAAUUUGUGGGGAAGGAUUCAGUCAGUCAUCUGACCUAAUGGCUCACCAGCGAGUUCACACCGGGAAGCGGCCAUUUACCUGCUCGGACUGUGGGAAGGGAUUCACUCAGUCAUCCGAACUGCUGGUACACCAGCGAGUUCACACUGGGGAGAAGCCGUUCACCUGCUCAGUCUGUGGGAAGCGAUUCACUUGCUCAUCUAAUCUGAAGGUACAUCAGCGAGUUCACACUGGGGAGAGGCCGUUCACCUGCUCGGACUGUGGGAAGGGAUUCAGUCAGUCAUCUCACCUGAAGCUACAUCAGCGAGUUCACACUGGAGAGAGGCCGUUCAUCUGCUCAGACUGUGGGAAGGGAUUCACUCGGUCAUCCGAACUGCUGGUACACCAGUUAGUACACGCUCGGGAGAGGCCGUUCAACUGCGCAGACUGUGGAAAAGGAUUCACUUGCUCAUCUAAACUGAAGGUACAUCAGCGAGUUCACACUGGAGAGAGGCCGUUCACCUGUGCAGACUGUGGGAAAGGAUUCAAUUCAUCAUCCCAACUGAAGAUACAUCAGCGAAUUCACACUGGAGAGAGGCCAUUCACCUGCUCAGACUGUGGGAAGGGAUUCACUCAGUCAUCCGAACUGCUGGUACACCAGUCAGUUCACAGCAGGGAGCAGCCAUUCACCUGCUCGGACUGUGGGAAGGGAUUCACUUGCUCAUCUAAACUAAAGGUACAUCAGCGAGUUCACACUGGAGAGAGGCCGUUCACCUGCUCGGACUGUGGGAAGGGAUUCACUUGCUCAUCUAAACUAAAGGAACAUCAGAGAGUUCACACUGGAGAGAGGCCGUUCACCUGCUCAGACUGUGGGAAGGGAUUCACUUGCUCAUCUAAACUAAAGGAACAUCAGAGAGUUCACACUGGAGAGAGGCCGUUCACCUGCUCGGACUGUGGGAAGGGAUUCACUUGCUCAUCUAAACUAAAGGAACAUCAGAGAGUUCACACUGGGGAGAGGCCGUUCACCUGCUCGGACUGUGGGAAGGGAUUCACUUGCUCAUCUAAACUAAAGGAACAUCAGAGAGUUCACACUGGAGAGAGGCCGUUCACCUGCUCGGACUGUGGGAAGGGAUUCACUCGCUCAUCCCACCUACUGACACACCAGUCAGUUCACACUGGGGAGCGGCCAUUCACCUGCUCGGACUGUGGGAAGGGAUUCACUUGUUCAUCUGCACUGAAGGUACAUCAGCGAGUUCACACUGGGGAGAGGCCGUUCACCUGCUCAGUCUGUGGGAAGGGAUUCACUAGGUCAUCUGACCUAAUGGCUCACCAGCGAAUUCACACCGGGGAGCGGCCAUUCACCUGCUCAGACUGUGGGAAGGGAUUCACUUGCUCAUCUACAUUGAAGGUACAUCAGCGAGUUCACACUGGGGAGAGGCCGUUCACCUGCUCAGUCUGUGGGAAGGGAUUCAGUCAGUCAUCUCACCUGAAGCUACAUCAGCGAGUUCACACUGGGGAGCGGCCGUUCACCUGCUCAGACUGUGGGAAGGGAUUCACUCAGUCAUACGAACUGCUGGUACACCAGUCAGUCCACACUGGGGAGCGGCCGUUCACCUGCUCAGCCUGUGGGAAAGGAUUUACUUGUUCAUCAACACUGAAGGUACAUCAGCGAGUUCACACUGGGGAGAGGCCGUUCACCUGCUCAGUGUGUGGGAAGGGAUUCACUCAGUCAUCUCACCUGAAGCUGCAUCAGCGAGUUCACACUGGAGAGAGGCCAUUCAGCUGUUCGGGCUGUGGGAAGGGAUUCACUUGUUCAUCUAAACUGAAGGUACAUCAGCGACGAGUUCACACCAAGGAGCGGCCAUUUACCUGCUCGGACUGUGGGAAGGGAUUCAUUUCAUCAUCUCAACUGAAGGUACAUCAGAGAGUUCACACUGGGGAGCGGCCGUUCACUUGCUCGGACUGCGGGAAGGGAUUCACUCAGUCAUCCAACCUACUAGUACACAAGUCAGUGCACACUGGAGAGAGGCCGUUCACCUGCUCAGACUGUGGGAAGCGAUUCACUUGCUCAUCUAAACUGAAGGUACAUCAGAGAGUUCACACUGGGGAGAGGCCAUUCAUCUGCUCAGUCUGUGGGAAGGGAUUCACUCAGUCAUCCACUCUAAUGGCACAUCAGCGAGUUCACACCGGGGAGCGGCCAUUCACCUGCUCGGACUGUGGGAAGGGAUUCACUUGCUCAUCCCAACUGAAGGUACAUCAGAGAGUUCACACUGGGGAGAGGCCAUUCACCUGCCCAGACUGUGGGAAGGGAUUCACUCAGUCAUCUCAACUGCUAGCACACCAGUCAGUUCACACUGGGGAGAGGCCAUUCACCUGCUCAGACUGUGGGAAGGGAUUCACUCAGGCAUCUCACCUACUGAGACACCAGUCAGUUCACACAGGGGAGCGGCCAUUCACCUGCUCAGACUGUGGGAAGGGAUUCACUCAGUCAUCCGAACUACUGUCACACCAGUCAGUUCACACUGGGGAGUGGCCAUUCACCUGCUCAGAGUGUGGGAAGGGAUUCACUAGGUCAUCUAAUCUGCUGGCACACCAACGAGUUCACACUGGAGAGAGACCGUUCACCUGCUGUGAAUGUGGGAAAGGAUUCACCCGAUCAUUUCAUCUAUUGAUACACCAGCGAGUUCACAGUGGGGAGAGUCCGUUCACCUGCUGUGAAUGUGGGAAAGGAUUCAUGUGGUUAUCUCAUCUACAGAGACACCAGCGAGUUCACACUGGGAAGAGGCUGAUCUCCUACUCAGACUUUGGGAAGAGAUUCUCUCAACCAAAUGUCCAUCAUUGAGUUCACACUGGGGAGAGGCCGUUCAUCUGCUGUGAAUGUGGGAAGGGAUUCACUCAGUAAUCUAACCUUGUGACACACUACCGGGUUCAUACAGGAGAGAAAGUUUCAAUAAGCUGCAUGUUGGAUAUUUGUCCAUCACUGUUGCUGAAUGCAAUUUCGAGAGUGACUGUCGAUGCUGAACUCUGCAAUUAUUGCUGCUGCUCACCACACCCAGUUCUGCACCCUGGUCACUGGGCACGGGAGGAGUUUCUUCUGCUGCACGUUCACCUUUCAUGGGACUGAAGUUUAGUAUUCUGGAUCUGAGACAAAUAAAUCAGUUCUAUUUUAAACUCUGGUACUUAGUGAAUUUAUAACACACCUAGUGUACAGUGGAGAGUCAACUCAGGCCAGCUGGACCCUGCCAGUGAUUCUGUUCCACGAUGGUCCGUUUAAAUCCUCCUCUGUUGUUCCCCUCUCGCUCUCCCUGUGGUGAUGGGUUCCAAACAGUCAGCACUCUAUGGGUGAAGAGGUUUCCCUUGAAUUCUCUGCAGACUGAAGAAGUCGAGCUGACUGCAGUUCUGUCUGAGAUGUUCUUCGCCCCUCUAAUCUCUGGGCCGAUGGAGAAUGACACUAGGAGUUAACCUUCUUAUUCACAACUCAUUUCCACAUUAUGGGUCAUUUUCCCUGCUUCUAAAGGGUUGUUCGAAAACACCCCUGUCCUCUAAAGACUGAAAGCAAAAUGGAAAACCAUCAGUUGGAUGUUCAACGGAGCAGAGUCAGAAACCAGAGGUGGAUCUGCACAGGGCAGAGUUUGGGGCUCUGGACGAUGGUCGGGGUAAGAACAUAUGAUGAGGAGAAGGGAAUCAGCAGCGGGGCGUGGCAACGAAUGACAGAGUAGCAAAACUUGGAAGCUGAUUGACAGAGACAAUCUUUUGUUUGUCUGACUGAUGACACAAACAAUACCUGUGGUGAGGUGCUUCACUAGUCUAGGAACAAGUGUGUGUUGGGAAUGGUUUUAUCUAUUGAGGGAGUUGUUCCUGCUUGUUUAUCCUGUAAUAUUAUAUCCAGAUGGUUAUUAUGGAUUGUUCUAUCUGAAAUAAUGUAUUGAUUAUCUAUAAUUUGUAAGAUUUUGACUCUAAAACUGGAUCAGGCUUGAAUUUAUGGUGCCUUUAUGAAGUUAUGGUGGUCAUGAGUUUAAAGCAGGAUUUUGGUGAAUGAUAUUUGCCACUUGAUUGUACCUGUGUAAGUAAUCAGAUUGAGUUAAAUUGCUGCAGGAUCCUGGAAAGUGUUGGAUAGCAUCUGUUUUAACUCAGCAUUUUCUGCAUUUAUCACCUUGUUUGUUAGUCUUUUAUGUAUUUUUGAUAAUUUUUAUGUUAACCACCCUGUCCUGUAUUUUCACAAGGAAUCUCUCUUUCUGCAAAGAUGUCUCCCACUUUGAGUCGGGCAUUCGAUGCUUCCUUGACAAACAUCUCUGCUCAGGUCAUUGGGAUGUCUCCCAUGGAGGGUUAUACUCAUUCCACUGGUUAACGUUUUCUACCACAGUGAUGAUUCACUUUUCUGAGUUGGCCUCUCAUUUCAGUUUUCUUCAUAUCACAAUUGCACCUGCAUGCAUGGAGUGUUGAAUCCUGCUUAUUUUAUACAUUUAGGAGUUUUAUCUGACUGUUGUGUCAGUUUUUAUUGUCUGUAAUUCCUCAUCCUCCUCCUGCCCUAAGUAAUGUUGAUCUAAGUAUGUUUCAGUGUAAAUACUGUUUUCUAAAUUUGUCAUUUCAGUAGCUUUUAUUCUUUGUAAGUUUUCCAAAUCAGAAUGGAACCAAGGUAUUUUUCCUAAAGAAGACAUUAACAUGGUUAUAGCGAAAGUGUUUAUUCCUGUUGUGUUUAUCAUCCUAUUGAGUUCUGCUUGGCAGAUUUCCGUAAGGCUUGCAGUAAAUUUUGUCAAACGUUUUCACUAUUUGACGCUAUUUUCUAUUUUCUUGCCUGUCCAUAUUCUAGAUAUCUCGGUAUCAAGUGUCCUGAUGAGUGGUCUUGGCCUGAAACAUUUAUUCCCAACCAAGCCUGACUUGCUGAGCUCCUCCAGCACAUUCUGUGUAUUCCUUUAGAUUUCCAGUACCUGCACUAUCUCUUGUGUCCCAUAUACUUGUAUGUUUCUCUGAAGGAUAGAGUUUGAUAGAUUCUUCAUUGGUCAGGGCAUGAAAGGAUACAGGGAGAACGGAGGAGAUUGGGGCUGAGAGGAAAAUUAGAUUAGCCAUGAUGAGAUAGCAGAGCAGAUUCGAUGGGCCAAAUAACCGAAUCUUGCUCCUACAUCCUAUGCUCUUAUGCUUCUUAUACAUCUCCCUUCUUCCUUUGCUGACCCCCUACAUUUCAUACUCUGACAUCACCUUCCCCCCAGAAAAACAUGCCAAUAAUUCAAGAGUAUCGGGAAAAGUGAGUAUAGAUGGUAUUACUGAGAAGAGAAUGUGCUUUGGAAGCUGAAAGGCCUGAAGGUAGAUAAGACUCCUGACCCAGCUGUGAGCACCCCAGUGUUCAGAAAGGGGUGGUUGAAGAGUUUGUGCAGGCAUUAGAGUCAUAGAACACUCUGCAGCCUUAUCCCAACAUACCCCUUGCAUUCAGGUACCCAUCCAAACUGCUCUUAAAUGUUGAAACCGACCCUGCCACUUGCUCUGGCAUCUCAUUCCAUAUUCUCACUGCCUCUGAGUGAAGAAUUUCCCUCCCCCCCCCCCCCCCACCCACCAUGUUUCUCUUAAAGACUGGGUAAUGAGCUUUCAAGAAUCACUAGAUUUGGGAAUGGUUCUGGCGGACUAGAACGUUGUAAAUGUCAGAAGGGAGGGAGGCAGAAGAAAGGAAACAACAGGACAGUUAGUCUGACCUCAGAGGUUGGAGUCCAUUCGAGACAGUUUUUCGGGGUACUUGGUGUUGCAGUCAGCAUGGUUUCCUUCAGGGGAAAUCUUGUUUGAGAAAUCUGUUAGAAUUCUUUGAUGAAAUAACAGGCAGGAUAGACAAAGGAGAGACAGUGGAAGUUGUUUGCAGAAUUUUCAGAUGGUCUUUAACAAGAUCUUGAAGCUGCUAAACAAGAUUACGGGAAAGGUACGACCAUCGAUCAGAGAUUGGUUUACUGACAAACAGCCAGAACAAUGCGAGCCUAUUCUGUCUGCUGCAGGUAGUUAAUGGUGUUCUGCUGGGGUCAGUAUUGAGAUCACUUCUUUUCAUGUUAGCUAUCGACGAUUGGAUGAGACAAUUGAUGGCCUGGUGACCAACUUUGCAGUUGAAAUGAAGGUAGGUGCGGGGCAGGUAGAUUAGAGUACGACAGGUGUGUGCAGAAGGACUCGGACAGGUUUGGAGAACAGGCAGUGAAGUGGCAGAUUAAUUACAGUGUAGGGACUGUGGCCUCGUGUCAGGGACUCAGGUUCACUCAGCAUAAUGUUGCAUGAACGUUAUUAGCAAAACAUUCUGAUACCACACGGGUUUCAUUUUGUUUCAGACAUUACCAUUUUGGUACUACAAGUAAUGUACAUUUCCACGGUGGUGGGGAAGUGUCCCAACGCCCCUCGCCAUCUCUAAAAACCCUUUAAACCCCUACACCACUCUCCAUUUCUGUAAAACCCUCCAACCCCGACAGCACUCUCCAUCUCUGCUAAACCCUCCACCAUCCGCCCUGGUGCAUUCAGGCGACAGCUGACCUGAGGAUGACACUCCCGGUGGCAGCUGGCAGGGCUCAUCAAACACCUUCACACUUUCUCUGUAAACUUACCGAUCUGCAGGUCUAUCUUGACUAAACCUCUUCCCACUUGACUCCUGUACAGAAGCUAUUCCCUUUUCUCAGUUCCUUCGUCCCCACCAUAUCUGUUCACAGGGUGAGAUUUUCCUUUCCCGGACACCAGAGAUGGUCUCCUCCUUCACACAAUGUGUUUCCCUUCCUCCACCAUUGAUGCUGAUCUCAGUCCAAUCGGUUCUAUCCCCUGAAGAUCUGCCUUCACUCCAUCUUACAGUCACCUUAACAUUGACAGAGUCCCUCUUGUCCUCACCUGCAGCCCCAUGAGCCUCCACGUCCAAGGCAUCAUCCUCCACAACUCUCAUCUCCAACGACCUUUAUCCCACCACCCCACCGCCAGCCUUCUGCUUUCCACAGAGAUUUCCCUGUCCAUUCACCCCUCCCCACUAGUCACUUUCUUGGAACAUGUCCAAUGUAGAAUGGGAGACAGCUUUAUUGAGCACAUUCGUUCCCUCCGCAACGAACUGUAUUUCCUGAUGACCAACCAUUUAAAAUCCACUCUUCAUCCCAAUUCUGACAUGCUGGUUCAUUGUUCCAACAAGGCGAGGCCACUCUCUGGUUGGAGGAUCAGCACCUUAUGUUGCAUCUGAGUCACCUCCAACUUGACGUCGUGAGCAUCCAUGUCUUUAACUUCCAGCUCAACCUCUGUUCCCUCUCCCAUUCUCUCGCCUCCUAUUUCUCGCUGGUGCCUCCUCUCCUGCCCUUUCUUCCAUGCUGUCAGGUUCCUACUUUCCAGCCUUUUCCAAGCAAUUGCGAAAUGAGUAAACUUGUCGGUGCGGAAUUUUUAUCAGCUUUAGCUGAGAUUGAAUAAGAAUAAUCAACAUGCGAUUCUACUGGAGUGAAUGCAGAAGAGAGUCAACACGCAAUUCGAUCGGAUGGACAUUGAUUAGAAAUCAGGAAGUGAGGUGAAGCAGACUAGGCGUCGGAGGAAUGAGCUGUGGUGUUAAACAUUCCUCCAGAACAUUGUUGUCUAAUGUGAUGGACAAGUGCAAGCUUUACUGUAAGUUCACGUUGACUUUCUUUCAUUUAAUUCCAAUGCAAAGGACUAAAGUAACAAACGAGUAAAAUUUUUCCCUUUCUCAUGUCUGAAAGGGCUCUGGCAGUGACAAUGGCGGGAAUGUGGUGGAAAACUAAACAUAAAAGGUGGGAUGAGCUUAAGGAUUGGUUGGAGUGGAGGUGGCGGGGUGCGGGUGUCGGAGAGUCUGUUCCUGUGUUGUGUUUCUCUCGGGCUCAAAACCGGAUUUACUCUUCCGCUGCCACCUUCUCCGAUGUCCGCCAGCUCUGUAGAGUCAAGAUCAAAAACAUUGCGGCCACCUCCGAGAAGAGCUGAGAUAUGUUGUUUGUUAACUAGUUGAAUAAUUGUCGUGAGCGGAUACUUCACUGCACUGACGAACAGCUCUCUGAACUUGGACUGAGUUACCCCAUAAAUAAACGUGUUUAUGCAGCAAUCUAAUAUCAUCAGCAAGUCUCUGGUGUGUUGGAAAAUGUAUUCAGAAUCGCUGUAAUUGUUUGGAUCCAGUCCGGCAAUGGUGUAAUAAAGGAAUCCGGUAACAUUCACCGACCACAGGAUGAUGAAGCUUCCGGAGAUGGUGAGGAGUAAGAUCACAGACCUCCUCCUGCUCUCCAUUUCCGGGUCACUGCGGUUCUCCGCCUUGCUCUGUCCCCUCAGCCCUUUACGGACCCAACUGGUCACCA